ACCUUUUAACAUUAAAGGUAUAACGAAAUUACUGCAAAUAUCACCGAUGUGCGUAUCGCAGCACACAUUGCAAUAGUUUACAAUAUAACUACUACAUAACUUUAUAAAGUAUUACAAUUAUUCAAAGUAUUAAGUUUUUGGUACAUAUAGCAGAGAGCCUGGCGAGACGGAGAGAGUGAUGCUUUCUUUUUCCAGAGUAAUGUGAAACAUGUUUGUUGUUAUAUAAUUUUUUGUUUUUAUAUAUAUAUAUAUUUUAUUAUUAUUCAAACUGAUUUACAAACGUAAAAGAUUAUUGUAUUGUAUAUCAUUUAUUUAACCCUUAAGCAACUUACUGCAUAUCACAUUUUUUCCUUUAAUAUCAUGCAGCCCUAACCUGUUCUCAGACCAACAGAGUAAACAGUGUCAUGUUAUUACAUUGAAGAUUCUGUCAUUGUUUAUUCUUUGUUUAUUUGAUCAUAGUUCAUCUAUAAAUACUGUGAAGAAGUCAAACAAGCAGCUGCUGUCACAACACAUUCAACUACUCUACUAUUCUGAUCCACUGUUGUAAUGAUGGAGUGUGUUAAAGAGGAGACUGAUCCUGAAUCAUUCACAAUAACACCUCAAUAUACUCAACAACAAAGAGACUCUGUGGAAGAGAAUAAGGAGGAUGAAGAUCAGGACCACAAUUUUAUGACUGACAGCUGCUCAGAAACUGAUGAGAAUUCCUCUCAAGAAAGAGUUGAAGACAAAAACAAAUUUGAAUGCCAUCUUUGUGGUAAGACUUACUCACACAAAAGGAACCUAACGUAUCAUCUGAAGAGUCACACUGGUGACAGGCCUUAUGCAUGCUCCCACUGUGAGAAGACUUUCUUCAAAAAAAGUAGACUUGGGGAUCACAUGAGGAUUCACACAGGUGAGAGGCCUUUUGUCUGCCCUCAGUGUGAUAAACGUUUCAUUAGUAAAGCAAAACUUAAUGUUCACAUAAAUACUCACAGUACUGAAAGUCCUUACGUCUGCCCUCAAUGUGGAAAGACUUGCGCAUGUAAAGAAUAUCUUUAUAAUCAUAUAAUAAAUCACAUUAAGACAAAGCAUUUUACAUGCCCUCAGUGUGAUAAGAGUUUUAAACAACAAGGAGCUCUUAGGCAUCACAUACGAGUUCAUACAGGUGAGAGACCUUUCUCUUGCAAUCUGUGUAAUAAGAGUUUUAAACAAAAGGGAGCUCUUCAGUAUCACAUGGGAAUUCAUACAGGUGAGAGGCCCUUUGCAUGCCAUCUGUGUGAUAAGAGGUACAUACAUGCAUAUAGUCUCAAACUUCAUCUGCAGGUUCACUCAAAUGAAAGACCUUUUAGCUGCGAUCAGUGUGAUAAGACGUUUGUUUUGGCAUCUUUGUUUAAAGCGCACCUGCAGACUCAUUCAGGUGAGAGGCCGUAUCUGUGUUCUGUUUGUGGGAAGGGUUUUCAAUCACGCAGAAAUGUUAAGGUGCACCAGAAAAUACAUACAGGUGUGAGAAAACAUGUGUGCUCUGUGUGUGAUAAAGCCUUUCUGAGAGCCCCAGACCUAAAGCGGCACCAAAAGAUCCAUAAAGAAAAAUCCUAAAAGUGCUCACAUUGUGUAAAGGGUUUUAUUGAGUUUGUGAAGCUGAUAAAACACAAGUGACUCACAGAGAAAAGUGCUGUCCAAAAAGAGUGAACAAAGAUCAACUUUAGGUCCAUGCAGAUGGUAUGUUUCCAACCAAAAGAAAACGUGACACAGUGCAUUCAGCUUGCUUUUGGGUGGAAAUGUAACCCCAUGAUGAGCUCUGGCCAAGUGCUUGCUCAGUAACCGUAAUUGUGCAGGGUUAUAUUAUUAAACUGCUGCAUGUUAUGCUGUAUUACUUUGUGUUAUGAUGUUACGAUAAUAAUGCACACUCGAGUUGAGGUCUGGACUUUGAUUGGGCCAGUUAGGAAAAAGACCUAAUUCUCCUCAUGAUGGCUCUAUUCUGGUUUGUAGAGCAUAAUGAUGACUUUGUAGAUAAAGUGAAUCUUUUAUAUAGAUUGUUAACUGUACCUUUAAAUAAAUCAUGCAACAUGUA